AUGUGCACUCCUCACCCACUGGCAGAAAGGGUGAUGGAACAGGUUGUGGGACUACAGGAGUCAGCAACUGGAUUUAUAUUUGAGAAGUUCACUCUGAAGAAGAUUGUGCUUAUAUGUGAUCAGCAAGAUUCAAUGCUCAGGAAUCUACAUUUGUCACAUGUUUCAAUUUUAUAUAGAAAUAACCUUGACUUUCGAUUUGAUAGAGGUUUCAUAAAGACAUGUAGAUCCUACCUAAAAGGCACGCUCUUUGUGAUGAUGUCUGGUGUUAGCACUGCUAUAAAUUUGAAACCUGACAGACAAUGCAGAUAUUUUGGGUGCUUGCCAGCAUUCAAGAGAGUAGAACUUCAAAGAGAUACAGACUCCAGAUUAUAUCAGUUUUUGGUAUCAAGAGCAAAGAUGUUGAGAGAGCACAUAGCUGGGAAUUCCAAUAAAUACAAAGUUUUAUUCACAGACUUGUUACCAUUACAACUAGAUGCUAUAGAAAGAUGUAAUGCUCUCAGUCAUAUGAGAACUUCUGGUCAUGUGAUUCCUAUACUUCCAGAAAUUUCCUAUUUGGUGGAAAAUGUGUGUCUCACAGGUGCAGUGGAGAGAUUUAAUAGUUGGGCACGGGAGGAUGCAGCUGCUCAAGGCUUUCAAGAGUGGAGCCGCAUUGAGAAAAUCAGAAAACCACAGUAUGCUAGUAAUGGUAGAACUUUAGUUGCAUGUGUCCAAAGGCACCGGAAAGUGGCUGUUACAUCAGCUGUCCGUAAGACUGUACAAAAGUUAGUUGCAGAUUCUAAUUCUGUUUCAACAAAAUCAGCAGUAAAUAGUUCUGUUUUACGUGAUUCUCCUCAAGUUGGUUUAAUGAGCAAUGCAGUGCUUUCAACUUCAGCAAAGAAUGCUAAUAUUUCAUUGGCAGUCAGAACUGCAGUUAGCACCCUGACAGAUUCUACAAGCAAAAUAAUACAAUCUGCUACAAUUGCUUCAGGAACUACAAACAAAAACCUGUCAACAUCCCAAGUUACUGAUAAAACAACACUUCCUGUAAUUUGUUCUGCACAGGAUACUCCUGCCAAAUUAGUAGGAUUUGAAGCUAUAGCAAGCAUGCCAGGAGGAUUAGAAACAACUGGUGGAACAACAGUAAUCGUUAACACAGGUGAUUCUGUAGGGAAGACACCAUUAACAUCAGCUUCAACAAUCAAGGCAGAAAUCGCAGCUGAUUCUACCAACAAAACAACAGCUUCAGCAGACCCCUCACUAAGCACAACAUGUUAUACAAGCAGGGCAACAGCUACAACUCUUACUUCAGGAAGCAGCAUGUCUACCACAAAAUCAGUUUUUACAAACAACUCGCCAAUCACUACACUUUCUACAAGUAAGGAACUCAUUACAACAACUAUAAGCAUUGCUCCAGCUACAACCAGUGAUUCUGCAAGCAAGACACUAGCUCCAGAAACAGCCACAAAUGCUUCUUCAAACAAGACACCAACUACAACAAUAGAUUCUAUGAAAGAAAUGAUCAAGACGGCAGAGACAACAAGAAGCAAUUUACAAGUUACAACUGUUACAGCACCAACUACAACAGCCUCUGCAAGCAAUGCACCAACUACAACAGCCUCUACAAGCAAUGCACCAACUACAACAGCCUCUACAAGCAAUGCACCAACUACAACAGCCUCUACAAGCAAUGCACCAACUACAGCACCCUCUACAAGCAAUGCACCAACUACAGCACCCUCUACAAGCAAUGCACCAACUACAGCACCCUCUACAAGCAGUGCACCAACUACAGCACCCUCUACAAGCAAUGCACCAACUACAGCACCCUCUACGAGCAAUGCCCCAACUACAGCACCCUCUACGAGCAAUGCCCCAACUACAGCACCCUCUAUAAGCAGUGCACCAACUACAACACCCUCUACAAGCAAUGCACCAACUACAGCACCCUCUACAAGCAAAGCACCAACUACAGCACCCUCUACAAGCAAAGCACCAAAUACAGCACCCUCUACAAGCAAAGCACCAACUACAGCACCCUCUACAAGCAAAGCACCAACUACAGCACCCUCUACAAGCAAUGCACCAACUACAGCACCCUUCUACAAGCAAUGCACCAACUACAGCACCCUCUACAAGCAAUGCACCAACUACAGCACCCUCUACAAGCAAUGCACCAACUACAGCAGCCUCUACAAGCAAUGCACCAACUACAACAGCCUCUACAAGCAAUGCACCAACUACAACAGCCUCUACAAGCAAUGCACCAACUACAACAGCCUCUACAAGCAAUGCACCAACUACAACAGCCUCUACAAGCAAUGCACCAACUACAACACCCUCUACAAGCAAUGCACCAACUACAACACCCUCUACAAGCAAUGCACCAACUACAACAGCCUCUACAAGCAAGGCACCAACUACAACAUCCUCUACAAGCAAAGCACCAACUACAACACCCUCUACAAGCAAAGCACCAACUACAACACCCUCUACAAGCAAAGCACCAACUACAACACCCUCUACAAGCAAAGCACCAACUACAACACCCUCUACAAGCAAAGCACCAACUACAACACCCUCUACAAGCAAAGCACCAACUACAACACCCUCUACAAGCCAGGCACCAACUACAACACCCUCUACAAGCCAGGCACCAACUACAACACCCUCUACAAGCAAGACACCAACUACAACACCAUCUACAAGCAUAAUGCCAACUACAAUACCAUCUACAAGCAUAAUGCCAACAACAAUACCAUCUACAAGCAUAAUGCCAACAACAAUACCAUCUAAAAGCAUAAUGCCAACUAAAAUACCAUCUACAAGCAUAAUGCCAACUACAAUACCAUCUACAAGCAUAAUGCCAACAACAAUACCAUCUACAAGCAUAAUGCCAACUACAUCUACAAUCAAGGCACCAACUACAAUACCAUC